AAAAAAAUUUACUUUUUGAAAUAGAUAGUUCUGAUGGGUUCUGCGAUGUUGUUGGCGGUAUUGCCGCGCAUGCGUAGAUGCAUUGCAAGGCCUUGCAAACUUUACAAACAUUUUUCAAUUGAGUUUUUCUUCCCCGCUUUGCUAUAUGAUUGAAGUUCCAUUCAAAUUCUUUGCCUGGCCAUGCAUCAAAUGUAAAGAAAUAGUAAUGGGCCGAUGACGCCAAAUAACUUGGCGAGAAAGUUGUUAUUAGACCUUCCUACAACCCAGAAAAUGUCCUAACCCCUCCUAAUUUUUUCUCUUCCCCUUCUUGAACGUUUGCGAACAACCGCUCUCGUAUUUUACUUAUUUAAAGGGCGUGUGAUCGUGCGCGUUAGUACAUUGAUUACUAGGUCUUUGCUUGCAAGUUAGCGAUAGUUUUUAAUGUUUGGGAUGGAGCCCUCACAUGCUGUAUCUAUUUAAGUAACUCAACUAAUGCUUUCCAUUCUUCAAACUGCAACUUAAUAAUGAGAAAACUGUUGGAAUUUCUGCACCAGCUCAGUGCAAGAACAGAACUUUUAUUGGCGAUUGAUGUUAAAUUAUUCACAUGACAUCUAGCUAAUUCUGAGAGUUCUACUGGGUGUGUUAUCCUUUUGAAAGUUCAAGGUUUUGAAAUACUUUCUGACCUUUAUCAACCUAUAGGCAUGCCAAGCAGUUUACUGCUGAAAGAAUCAACAGGUCAUGAUACCACAACCUCAUUUUCCAUAUCAGCUUUAAACAGGGAUGGUACUUGUAGUGCCUUCAGUCCGUAUAAGCCAACAACAGUUUUGACAAAUUUGCAGAGAGGGAAUGUCCAAACACAAACACCAUCAGUUUUGCCUGAGAGAAGUUUACACCAAUUAGCUGCACAAGGAGAGCUCUUCUUACAAAACUUAGAUGAUAAUUUUAAUGUCAAUCUGCAAGACGAAAAUGGAUUCACACCUUUAAUGUGGGCUUCUUCUUAUGGACAGUUAGAAACGGUACGAAAAUUAAUAUUACGUGGAGCAUUAGUUUCUGUAGUUGGUUCAUCAGGAGAAAAUGCUCUUAUUUUAGCUAGUGCUUCUGGUCAUGCGGCUAUUGUUAGGGAACUUAUAAAUUUUGGUGCCUCUUUGAAUUACAAAGAUCAGGAAGGCAAUACUGCUCUCAUGUAUGCUGCUUACAACAACCAUUCUGGAUGCACACAGGAAUUGUUAAAUGCUGGUGCUGAUUUAACAGCAAUGAAUGAAACUUUUGAUUCAGCAUAUGAUAUUGCUGUUAAAAGGAGAAGUAAAAAUGCUCAAGCUGUCAUGGAGAAAUAUAUGUUGAGUAUCAUGUCGGAGGCCAAAAUGAAGCAAUAAAACAGAAAUUUUAGUAAAUUAUUUAAUAUUUCAUGAAUAUAUUUAUAUAGAAUUAGUUUUAUUUAUCUAUAGAAUACUGUUAUUUUACAAUUCUCAUUAUUAUCUAAUAUCUAUCAAUAUACAUGAAAAUAAAGACUAUUUUUUUUUUGAUGAA